AUGGACGAAGCUGACCUUAUCGAAAUCGCUGCCCAACGCAAGAAGCGCGCCUUCAAGAAGUUCACCUACCGUGGUGUCGAUUUGGACAAGUUGUUGGACUUGAACCACGAAGAAUUGAUGGAAUUGGUCAACGCCCGUGCCCGCCGUCGCUUCUCGCGCGGCUUGAAGCGUAAGCCGAUGGCCUUGAUCAAGCGUCUGCGUAAGGCUAAGCAAGAAGCCAAGCCUUUGGAACGCCCGCGUGGUAUCAAGACCCACUUGCGUAACAUGAUCAUCGUGCCUGAAAUGAUCGGUUCGGUCGUCGGUAUUUACAACGGCAAGGCCUUCAACGGUGUCGAAAUCAAGCCCGAAAUGAUCGGCCACUACUUGGGUGAAUUGUCCAUCACGUACAAGCCCGUGGCCCACGGUCGCCCUGGUAUCAACGCCGCGCACCAAAACCGCUUCAUUCCGUUGUAAAUUUGUCCUGUUGGUGCUUGCCCUAACUCGAUAAUUGCAAUGGUACGCUUUGAUAUCUCGC